UUCCUCGCCAUUGACUUGACUCCGGUUCACUCUUUCUGAAGAGGAGACCAGUAGGAAAGCCAAAGCUCUCUUUGCUUGCUUGCCGUGUCUGAUCAGAGCAAAGAGGAAACUGAGGUUGUGCAAUGGCGAGCGCUUUCCUCUCUUCCAUCAUAUCAAAAACCAGUCAAGUUUUGGGCUCUGUUCAUAGAUGGGCAGCCUCGCCGUCUUCGCCAUCAGAUCCACGCAGCAGUGUCUGGGAAGAUCUGGAGGAGCUGGAGAGAACACUGAAAAGGAUCCAGGCAGUGCUCCAUGACGCGGAGGAGAGGGAGAUACGAGAAGAAGCCGUCAAGCUCUGGCUGAAGGAGCUUAAAGAAGUGGCUUAUGAUGCGGAAGAUGUGCUGGACGACUACCAGUACGAGGUACUCCGAGCCCAAGUGGAAGACGGAGCUUCCCACAAGAGGAAGCGAGUGGAAGCAGGGGACGAUGAGGAAGAGGUAAGUAGUUCUCUUUCCACCAUAGUUAAUGUUUCAAUUCCCGAUGGCAUGGGAGAUAGAAUCAGGGAGAUCAGGAAGAGGUUCAAUGAGAUCUCGGAGGAUCGGAAACGCCUCCGUUUAAGAGGGGAAGAUGGAGAGCGACGGGUCUUCAGAGCUUUGAGCCCACCACCAAGCAGCCACAUGGUGGAUGAGUCGAGUAUUUAUGGAAGGAAACAUGACAAGCAGAAGGUAAUUGAUAUGCUAUUUUCUGAGGGUAUGGGAAAUGGUAUCUCUGUCGUUCCGAUUGUCGGCAAGGGAGGACUGGGAAAAACCACGAUCGCUCAGCUGGUCUACAAUGACUCCAAGGUCAAAGAAUAUUUUGAUCUUACUGGAUGGGUUUGUGUAUCCGAUGAUUUUGAUGUUCCGAGGCUAACAAAGGCCAUCAUCGAGUCUAUUACUGAAGAAUCAUGUGAUCUUACAGAAAUCAGUCCACUUCAAAAUUCUCUCAAGAAAAAGGUGGAGGGGAGGAAACUAUUGCUCGUCUUAGACGAUGUCUGGAAUGAGCAACAAUGCCAUUGGGAGUCCUUAAGAAUCCCUUUUGUUGGAGCAGAAACAGUAGUAAGAAUUAUCGUGACCUGUAGGAAUGAUUCUGUUGCCAAGAUCAUGGAGACGGUGCAUGCUUAUCAUCCUGGCUACUUGUCUGAAGACGAGUCUUGGUCAUUAUUCCAGCAUUAUGCAUUUGGUGGUCGAGACCCUGAAGAACGACCACACUUGGCGGAUACUGGUAAGCAGAUUGUCGAGAAGUGUUCCGGUUUACCAUUGGCUGUGAAGACAAUAGGAAGCCUUCUAAGACACGAAAUGGAUGAAGACAGUUGGAUGGAGGUCUUACAAAGUGAUCUAUGGGAACUAGACAAGAACAAUGAGACUUUGGCAUCUCUUAGAUUAAGUUACAAUCGCAUGCCAGCACAUCUCAAACCCUGUUUCAUUUACUGUUCCAUGUUUCCAAAGGAUUAUGAGUUUGACAAAGAUAUUUUAGUCAGAUUGUGGACGGCGCAAGGUUACAUCCCACCUCGAGGUAGAAAAACAAUGGAGGACAUCGGAGAUGAAUGUUUUAAUGACUUACUAACAAGAUCAUUCUUUGAUUCCUAUCUUGAUCGUAAAUUUAAGAUGCAUGAUAUCAUACAUGAUCUAGCAAAAUCUAUUGCUGGAACUGAGUGCUAUGCAAUUGUGGAUAAGAAGCUACCAGGUUCUCCUGAUAAGAUUCGCCAUUUAUAUGUGCAAGGUGUCGGGGAAUUAGUGAAAUCACCGAGCCCCCACAAUCUUAGGGCCCUACGGACCUUGCUACGAAUGGAACACUUGGGUCCACCUUCAAUAGUAAUCCAGGAAAUAACCCAGUCUUCGCUGCUCAGAUGUUUAGAAUUUCGUUGGCAAGAAGUUGAGAUCCCAGAUUUACUCGGUGAUCUGAAGCACCUACGCUACUUACAUAUCGCAUCGCAUUGUAUGAAGAAGCUCCCUGAAUCAGUAUGCCUCCUUUGCCACCUACAGACAUUGAUUCUUUAUUGUGGUGCUCUUGCAAAGUUACCAGAUGGCCUAGGUAACCUUAUUAACCUACGAUGCUUGAAUCUAUCUUCAGAUUGUAUUAAAAAGCUCCCUGAAUCAGUUCGUCAGCUACGCAACCUGCAGAGUCUGGAUCUUCACCGGUGCAAAGAACUUAAAGAGUUACCCUGUGUAGGAAGCCUUACUAACCUCCGCCACCUAGAUACUAGGGGCACUCAAGUUCUGUGUCUGCCAGCUGGAAUCGAAAAGCUAACAAAUCUUCAGAGAUUGCGUGGACGUUAUGAAGUGCAGGGUGGGAUAGGAGUGUUAAAGGACUUGGUGAACCUCCAAGGAGAUCUUUGCAUCGCAGGGCUCGGGAAUUUGGUCAGCAUAGAGGAUGCGAAGGAUGUCGGUCUUAAAUAUAAGCACAAACUUGAGCGGUCGCAUCUACGUUGGGAUGCCGACCGCGAACAUCAUUGUUAUUAUGAUGGACUGACUCUAGAAGUUUUUCUAGAGGAAAAUAAGGAUGCUCCAGCCGAUAAAAAAAGGGAGGAAGCGCUGCUUGAGUAUCUCCAACCUCCCACCAACCUCAAAGAGUUGGUUAUAGACGAGUAUGGUGGUUCCAAGUUUCCAGAAUGGGUGGGAAAUCCUUUAUCCCUUGCAUCACUUCGAGAAAUCCAUAUAAUUCGAUGUCACAGCGUAAGGUCCCUUUCUCUAUGCAUGCACGCAUCCCUAUCAAAGUCCAAGCUUGAGCGGGUGUCCAUUGUCUGUUGCUGGGAGCUCGAAUCCAUAGGAGGGCUGUAUAAUCUCCACUCUCUUGAAAAACUGAAGAUAUCCUUUUGUCAUAAACUCCAGCUCUUAUCAGAGGAAGGACUGCCAUCCAAGCUUCAAAGUCUGCAUAUUGAGGGGUGCCAACAGUUGACAUCACUGUCGGGAAUGCAAAACCUUGCUUCUCUCAGAGAAUUAUUUAUACUAGAUUGUCCUAAACUUCAGAUCAUGGUAGAAGAUCAGCUCCCAUCUAUGCCUCGCUAUGUGGAAAUUAUUCAUUGCCCUGGAUUGGUCAACUGGUGUGAAAUACAAAAAAUCAACUGCAUUCAGGUCGUUUCAUCAGACAUUUAUUGGCCUUUGUUUCCGAAAAUAUGCAUGAUGCGAGAAGAAGCCAUCAGGCUCCGCCUGAAGAAGAUUCAAGAUAAGUACCUCUCAUUCCACCAUAGUUAAUGUUUUAAUUCCCGAUGGCAUGGGGGAUAGAAUCAGGGAAUGCCUCCGACAUCUCGGAGGAUCGGAAACGCCUCCGAGAUCUUCCUUGAAUGUACAAUGUAUUAACCAAAAAAAAUUAGUUUGUAGCUUCACACCAACACCAGAAGCAUCUUUAGAUAUGCUUUUCCACUUGUGCUUGUGUUUGCUGGGAACUAAGGUUUGUGAAAAGAACUUGUAGAUUCUGAUUGCUAUUUCUGUGUUCUAUAGUUUGCAAAUUGCUGGCCUUUUGA